GAUCUUCUCAUAAUGGGAGGGGGCUCCGGCGCCCCCGGGGUUUAAGAUGCUGCUGGCCUGGCGCACCGCCAUCGUCCGAGCCGGCCUGUCAAGCAGAGCACGUCGGUGGAUGCAGUUAGGAGAAGCGCUUCUUCCCAACGCCGCCAUCAGUUUACCCAAGACUUUCUACAACUUGUCAGCCUCUGAGAAUAACAGCCCGGGCUCGACAACCCUCGACUUCCACGACAUCGAGCGGACAGAGUCGGAGCAAGAAAACGGCCAGAAAAAGUUCAUGGGCAGCAACAUGUUGAGCGAGGCGGACGGCGACAAUUUCUCUGGAGCCAAGCCUGGCGCUGAUGGACGCAAAGGCUCCCCGGCCGUGGCGGAGGAAGAGCUGGCGGGCAGCAACCGCUACAACCUGGACGGCCUGGUCUCGGAGCGCUACUUCCUCUCGCCCUCCGCCCAGCAGACCCCCGAGGUGGGCGGCCCCUGCUCCCUGUACCCCUACGCUGGCCAGCCGGCCUCGGUGUACCCGGGCUCGAACGGCACGCGCUACCCGGCCUCCCUGCACUAUGGAUCUAUGCUGCCGCCGGCCGGCUUCUCCUCGGCCGUGUGCGCGGGAAGGAACCAGUUCGGCUCGGGCUACCAGUUUGGCCAGGGCCCGGGGUCGCUGUACACCUCGUACGUGGGCUCGGGGUCCACCAUCGGCUCGCUGUCGCUGGCGGGGGCCGGCACGGGAGUGCGGGCGCAGGUCUACUUGUGUAACCGGCCCUUGUGGCUCAAGUUCCACCGGCACCAGACGGAGAUGAUCAUCACCAAGCAGGGCAGGCGCAUGUUCCCGUUCCUGAGUUUUAACAUCACCGGCCUGAACCUCACAGCCCACUACAACGUUUUUGUUGAGGUUGUGCUGGCAGACCCCAACCACUGGCGCUUCCAGGGAGGCAAAUGGGUGACGUGCGGCAAGGCGGACAACAACAUGCAAGGUAACAAGAUGUACGUCCACCCGGAGUCCCCGAACACCGGAGCCCACUGGAUGAGGCAGGAGAUCUCCUUCGGCAAACUGAAGCUGACCAACAACAAAGGAGCCAACAACAACAGCACUCAGAUGAUCGUCCUACAGUCUCUUCACAAAUACCAGCCGCGGCUCCACAUUGUGGAGGUCACAGAAGAAGGCGUCGAGGACAUCAGCAACGAGUCCAAAACGCAGACCUUCACCUUCCCUGAGACGCAGUUCAUUGCUGUCACGGCCUACCAGAACACAGAUAUAACCCAGCUGAAGAUCGACCACAACCCCUUUGCCAAAGGAUUCCGCGACAAUUACGAUUCGAUGUACACGGCCCCCGAGAAUGACCGGUUGACGCCGUCCCCGACGGACUCCCCUCGCUCUCAUCAGAUUGUGCCCGGUGCCCGCUACACCGUGCAGCCCUUCUUUCAAGAGCAGUUUGUCAACAACCUCCCUCCGGCCCGCUUUUACGGAGGCGAACGGACCGUGCCACAGACUAACGGCAUCCUCUCCCCACAGAACGAGGAUGCCAACGGGCCUUCAGCUCAGAGGUGGUUUGUCACCCCCGUCCAACAAAGCGGCUCCAACAAACUGGACCUUACCUACGAGACGGACUACUCGGCCAGCUCCCUCUUGCCCUAUGGCAUCAAGUCCCUGCCCUUGCAGCCCUCCCACGCCCUCGGCUACUACCCGGACUCUGCCUUCGCCUCUAUGGCAGCUGGCUGGGGCACGAGGGGCACUUACCAGCGCAAGAUCACCACGGGCCUUCCCUGGUCCCCCCGGCCCAGCCCCACCGGCUUCCCGGAAGACCACCUGUCCAGUAAAGACAAACUGAGGGAGGAGAGCUCGUCGUGGAUCGAGGCGGCCCCCGUCAAGUCCCUGGACUCGGCCGACUCGGCGACGUACCCCGGCGUCUGCAAGCGGCGACGGAUCUCGCCGAGCAGCUCGAGCACCGAGAACUCGCCGACCAUCAAGUGCGAGGACAUUAGUUCUGACGAGUAUGGCAAGGAGAAUUCAAAAGCCAUGGGCUACUACGCCUUCUAUGCCAGCCCCUGACUCCGCGGGGGGCUGGAAUGUGCUGAGGACUUCACUCAGGUGUUUUUCAUUGUAGUGCCAAAUAUUCUUUCUUUCGUUCUCCUUCCUUGACAUUUUUUCCUCCGUUUUCUUUGCCCCUUGAGAUGUGCUGUAUGUGAUUUCCAUGAUGAAGGUGCCAAAGCUUUUAAUUGCUUCAGACAGCAGCUGUGCCCGUGCCCGGCCCUGAUGUGAUGCCCAAGAGUAUUUUUAGGAACUUUUUUUUUUUUUUUUUUUUUUCUUUUGAAAGCAUGGCCGUUUCUUACUGUUUGUUAAUUUAUUGAACUCUCUCUCUGUCUCUCUGAUGUACAGUUUGGAUGUAAAUGUGCACCGUAGCGUGGGGUUCAUCAUCUUUGUACAAAAGUGUCUCUCCGUGAUGUGUGGCUGAGGAUGAAGAAUAAAACCCAAAACUCCCCGGGCAGCCUGCGGCUUUUAUUACGGCCCUCCAGUGGCCUGCAUGGGGUGAGGGUGCUGGCCGGCCGUCUGUCUGGUUGGCACGCACUG